GCUCGGAGACAGGACCAGACCGUAAGUAGCCUAUAAGACUGUGGAGCAGGACUGAAAGCUGAUUAAAAUAAUAAACGUCUCAUCUGCGCCGAAAAGAACGGAUCAGCUAAACGGGUAGAUGAUGUGUUCGUCUGGAGGAGAGACUCCCCGCUGGGCGAAGACACGGAUCGUCACUCCGUACGUGUGAGCCGAGCCGUGAAAAGCUCAGUGCCAUUGACUGGAGCUGAGGCUGCAAUGGGGAGCAAAGCGGUGAGAAACGAGCGCGUCUCCGCGCGAAUCAUCACAUCAGCGAUCACCUGCGCAUAUUAACGCGUUAUUCCCACAUCGAUGUGGACUGGUGCUGAUGCUGCGAGGAGGAUGAGGAUGAGGAGGAGGAGGAGAGGGCCUGCUCGGCGGGUGAAACGUUCAGGGGAUUAAACGCCGGUCACGAUGAGCAUCAGUAUUAAUGAUCCUCACAGUCACAGUGAUGUGACUCCACUGUGCUGUGUUUCCUGGAUGAAGGUGGGGUGCAAAUGAAAAUACAGCGAGAAGCAUCAGAUACAUCAGCUCAUUUGUGUGGCAGCCUGAAAGCAAAACCAAACCCGAGCUGCUUCGCUCUCCUGCCAUUGUGCUACUGCUGCUGCUGCUGAUGAUGAUGAUGAUGAUGAUGGUGGGAUUUACCUGACUCUACUGUAUGCACAUCUGCUGGAUGUGAUGGACACAUGCACUGGUGCAGGACAAACAAUGCAAAGCUCUCGUGCACCAGGUAUGGGCACAAAUGUUACAGAUGUUCCUGGGGAGCCAGGUUUCACAGAGCCGGCGUGGUUGUCCACAGCCAGCUGUGUGGUCAAGAUAGUGCUCAUAUCCGUCAUUGUGUGUGUGUCUUUGUUUGGGAACGUGGUGGUCCUGCUGGUGUUCCAGAGGAAGCCUCAGCUACUGCACGUGGCCAACCGCUUUGUCCUCAACCUCCUCUUGGCAGACCUCCUGCAGACCAUACUCGUCAUGCCCUUUGCCAUGGCGGCCGCCGUCCCAGGCGUGUGGCCCCUGGACGUGCGACUGUGCCAGGCCCUGGUGGUGCUCAUGCACAUUUUCGCCUUUGCUGGGGUCAACACCAUCAUAGUGGUCUCUGUGGAUCGCUACCUGGCCAUCAUCCACCCGCUUUCCUAUCCCACCCGCAUGACCCCUCACCUGGGCACCAACCUGAUCAUCUGCACAUGGGUGCUCAGCUUCCUGCAGAGCACGCCUCCUCUUUACGGCUGGGGGAUCAUUGACUUUGACCGGCACCACAACAUGUGCUCCGUGGUGUGGUCUUCCAGCCUGUCCUACUCCACUGUGGUGUCCACCUUUUCGUUCUGGCUACCUGUGCUCAUUAUGCUUGGAUGUUAUUGGAUGGUGUUCAGAGCAGCUCGGCGGCAGAACGCACUUGUGCACCCAAUACAGACACAGUCCUACUCCCAGCCCUCCCCACAAGACGUCCAGGGAACUGGGAGUCCACAGCAGCAGCCCCAGGCUCAGACAACGAGGUCACCCGAUGGGCCUUACCCGGCCAGGGGUUACCCCGUUCGAGUCAGGCACCGACGCUUCCACUAUCACUGCAAGGCAGCUCGUGUGGUGUUUGUCAUUAUGGCCUCUUAUAUCCUCAGCAUGGGGCCUUACAGCAUACUGAAUACAAUCUCUAUGAGCUCCAGAGCAGCCGUACCCCCCUGGUUGUCCUCUCUUGCCCUUGUGCUCUUCUUCUUACAGUGCUGCCUACACCCAUACAUAUAUGGUUACAUGCACCGGAGUGUGAGGAAGGAAUUCCUGGCUCUGCUCUGUGGACUGUUCUGCAAACAGGGCCGUGCCAGCCAGAGCUCGGCCGUGGAGAGCUGCUUCACCACUACAGGUGAGGGCCGCUCGGGUGCCCACCCUCACCUGCCCAGUCUGGCUGCUCGAGUCCUCCCUCUGCGGACCUGGGAAGAAUGCACAACAUCGUCCUCCCCCACUUUUGAGAGGAAGUCAAGGGACAGCCGUAAAGACACCACCUCGACCAGCAUCAGCUCAGAGAGGGAGCUCACAGUCCACAGCAAACAAAGCACAUGAACUCAGUGGGUUGUAUUCGACGAAUAUGACUUUUUUUUUUUACAACAGGGUUAUUGCUAAUGAAGUUGCUGACACUGGGAAUAUUGGUAUUCAUCACCAACAUCAUCAAUCACUACGACUUAAUUUGCCAUGCAUUUGUAAAAGUACCUGAGCAUUCACUGUUGUAUUAUACAUUUGUAAUAGAAACAGCGUAAAGAAAUCUUAGAAGAGUAUUUAUUUUCACUAGAUCAAAUCUUGAAAAAUACAUAGCUAAAACAAACGUUUUAUGUUUUGGGUCUACAAACUGUUACUUGUACUAUCUGCUGCUACAUAAAAGGUGGCAUUUUAAUUGAAUGGAAGCCAGAAGUGGAAUUUAUUUGGUUUUAGAUCAUUGUAAAUGAGUUUUUAGUUAUAAUUAGUUGUCUUUGAUAAAGGUAUCAAUCUGCAUAAACGACACAAGUAUCUCUUUUGAAAUGUUACGUGUGUGUAUGUGUGUUUUAUCAUUUGUGAUCCUGCCAGUCAGAGGAUGUACCGUCUUUGUGUUAGUGAAUGUCAGCGUCACAUGCAAUUUACAAACUCAGGAUAAUUGCUUUUAAGGGGGAAAGAAAAGAAAUAUUUGUAGCGCUUUAUUCUGUUGUUGAGCAAGUGAACUUAUGUACGUAUGUUUAUGUCCUUGUCACAUUAUCGUUUUUUCGAGUAGAUGAAUUGGUGCCUGUUGGGGUUGGUGACUUCUUUCUCCCACACAAAAACGUUUAUCUUGGCCUCCUUGUUGUCCACCUUUCAGUGUCAAUGGAAUCCACGUUUUCCAUCUUGGUAAUGUUUUUUUUUUUUUUGUCAAAAAACAUACCGUGUGCAGAGAAUACGGUAAAAGAAAACAACAUGGAUUCAAAUGUGUUUUUUGUUUUUUUUUUUAGCAUUGGCUGCAUUAUGUACCACAGGAUUCCCCCCAAAAAAACUCUAUUAAACCUUGUACAUUUGUAAAGAUACCACACAGACACAGUAUUUGAGUGGACAAAGCUACCACGGAGAGGAUUAGCACUCAUGUGAGUACUUAUGUUGUGUAACUACCAUGACUCAUCACAUCGAGCAGCAAUUCAGUGAGUUGAUUGGAUAGAUGAUGUCGUACAGUCGCAUGACAUUAUGUGCAUUAUUUCACAUUUUGUAACUAUUAGAUAAAAAGAAAUAUAUGUAUUUUAUUAUUGAUAUUAUUAUUAUUAUUAUUAUAAUACUGUGAUUGUUUUGGGGGAAACAAGUCCACACCACAGUAUUUUAACUGACAAUCAAGCUUCAGUAAGUUUGAUCGUGUUUCCCUGUACAGGACUAUGAGGUACAGAGCAACGUAGAUACAAGACAUUUGUGUUUUAAGUGCUUUAAAUCGACAUAUUUUUGUGAUUUAUAUUGUGCAUUUGUAUUACUUAUCGUUUAGAUGAAGCGUUCUGUUGUUGAAUAAAAGUGUACUAUAUGUA